AUGCUCACAGUCUCCCAGCUUGAGCGGUCCCUGCAGUCGGACGACAGGCGUGGCGCUGGCAGCCUUGUCCGACGAGCUGCGCAGGUGGCCGGGACAGCACUCCCGCCACAGACUGCUGCUGGAGCCGCUGGCGACCGACAGGGAUCGCCGACGUCUUCGUCGGGCAGGGGCUCGCCGUCGUCAGGCAGGGCCUCGUCGUCGUCGGGAAGGGGCUCGCCGCGGAUGAGGCGAGCAUCGAUCAGAGGCAAGGCUGAACGGCGCGGAUCGGGCCGCGCUGGGGAGCACGGCGUGAGGAGGAGGGCGAUGACCGCGACGGCAGCAGAGGUGGCGGCGGCGGCGUCGGUUGUGGCGGACGGCGACAUUACCAGUGUUGGUGAGAAUGGGAAAGAGCUCAACCGGAGCUUUGAUUCAGCCGACGCGGUCAAGGCGCCGAGCUGCCACAAGCCGCCGCGGCCGCAGCUGGUUGCCCGGGCCACGCCGCCACCAGGCGUUGCGGGCGACGAUCCGCUGGAGACGCUGCGGCUCUCACGCGGCAUCAUGUCGGCACGCGAGAGUCUCGCAGCGAAAGCGCGAAUCGAUGUGCCUGGCGAGGUCCCGGGCAUGGCACAUGUGCGCGCGUCGUCGCGCGAGAGUCACUCGCGGCUGAGCCACAUGCAGAGCGAGGUCGAGGCGGCACUCAGUGCUCGGCUGCUUGCGUCGUCGCGACUGGACAGUGCGCGAGUGGCGAGCUUGGCGGCACUCACCCAUCGCAUCAAGCAGCCCGGGGCGCGGGCACGGGUCCGCGCGCGGCGGCAGCGCAGAGGACGACGGCAGCGGGCGCGACCGUUGUUUGCGCUCGAUUCGUCGGACGACGACAACGACAGCGACGCGCAUCACCAGUGUCCGUGGCCAGCCGUUUGCCGGGCCGCGGCUCUCUCGCCGCGAUGA